ACUGAAAAGUCCAAAAUUACACUUGCAUGUACACAAAAGGUAGGCAAGCAAAUGGUGUGUGUUUUACCAAAAACAUGAAUGCAGAAAUCGUUAACGUUUGCUUUUUGAUCUCAUGAUUUGUACAUGUAUAGCUGCACUGUCAAAGUGUAAAGUAAAAGAGGAAUCUAAAUCAACAGCAAUGUUAUUCAAACUCAUGACUUUGGUACAUUUAUGUGCAGCAUUUCCAUUGAAAUGCCCUGAUCCAGCGCAAUGGAGACUCCGUGCGAAUAGUCACUGCGCUGAUCCAUCAAAAUAUUUGUGUCUACGGAAUGAUCUCAUCAACAGCUAUUCUGAAAAUUGUACAAGGUCUGACUUUCAACAAGCAGGUAGAAAAUCAGUUCUUCGUGGAGGAAUAGAUGCAGUAGUCUGUUCUAAGGAAAGAUAUCAGCCAUCUCAACACAUUUUUUACACAAAUGCCAGUACAAACUGUAUCUUUUUAAAAUCUUUCUGCAAUGAGGAGGGUCAAGUUGUAAAUAACCAAGGAGAUCGUAACACAGAUGCUUCCUGCAGAUGUGAUUACAGACGAGGUUAUGAUUUUCUGAUUAACCCAAACAACCCGUGCUUUUGUAAACCAUCACAAGAAGACUGUUCCUGCUUCUUGAAGAUUUGCUCCAAUAGUAGUCAAAUACUUUCAUCAGAUUAUAAAUGCACUUUUAAAUCGGACCUUCCUCCUGUAACUCAUUGUAGAUCAAUAACAGAUGAACAUGACAGGAAUGGUAGACGUCCUGACGUCACAGAAGCUUUUCCUAAAGAAGACAAAUUUUCUGUUUUUGCUAUAGAUGCUACAGUACCAUGGAGGAAACGUUCAGCAAAAGCUGUAAGUUCUAUUUUUGGUUGUACAAUUGUGAUGUUACUUGUUUUAUGCCUAAAAAGAUUACGGGGACACUGUUUAAGAGCAAUAUUUACAUCUGAAUUUAACCCAAUAAGUUGUAUCGAAGGGGAAAGGUUACAACUUAAAUGCUCAGUGUAUUCAAAAGAUAUUUUUGUGAAAUGGAUGAAAGACGAUAUGGAAAUUGAACAAAAUGAGAAUUUAUCAAUUUAUAGUGAUGGAAAGGAUCACUUCCUGACAGUUCAGCAGGCUAAAUUGAGUGAUUCUGGUGAAUAUGUUAUGACCGCCGGAAACGUACAGAAACAACAAACAGUAACUGUUAAAGCAAUGUUCACAUCGGAAUUGUACCCAAUGAAAUGUAUAGAAGGAGAACACCUACAGUUGAAAUGUUCAGUUUAUUCGGAAGACGUUUUUGUGGAAUGGUCUAAAGGCGGUGCGAGAAUCAACGAGUAUGAGAAUAUAGUAAUUGAGAGUGACGAAAUGCACCACUGUAUGACAAUUCAACAAGCUAAAUUGAGUGAUGCUGGUCAAUAUAUUAUAGUUGCGGGAAACGUACGAAAACAAGUGACAGUAAAUGUUCAAGCAAUGUUUACAUCGCAAUUCAACCCAAUCAAAUGUAUAGAGGGGGAAAAGCUACAAUUAAAAUGUUCAGUUUAUUCGGAAGACGUUUUUGUGGAAUGGUCUAAAGGCGAUGUGAGAAUCAACGAGUAUGAGAAUAUAUUAAUUGAGAGUGACGGAAUGCACCACUGUAUGACAAUUCAACAAGCUAAAUUGAGUGAUGCUGGUCAAUAUAUUAUAGUUGCUGGAAACGUACGAAAACAAGUGACAGUAAAUGUUCAAGCAAUGUUUACAUCGCAAUUCAACCCUAUCAAAUGUAUAGAAGGGGAAAAGCUACAAUUAACAUGUUCAGUUUAUUCGGAAGACGUUUUUGUGGAAUGGUCUAAAGGCGAUGUGAGAAUCAACGAGUAUGAGAAUAUAUUAAUUGAGAGUGACGGAAUACACCACUGUAUGACAAUUCAACAAGCUAAAUUGAGUGAUGCUGGUCAAUAUAUUAUAGUUGCGGGAAACGUACGAAAACAAGUGACAGUAAAUGUUCAAGAAAUGUUUACAUCGAAAUUCAACCAUUCAAUAAAAUGUAUAGAAGGGGGAAAGUUACAGUUGAAAUGCUCAGUAUAUACGGAAGAUGUUUUUGUGAAAUGGUCUAAAGACGAAGCAAAGAUCAAACAGAAUGAGAAUAUAUCAAUUGAAAUUGAUGGAAAAGAUCACUGUUUGACAAUUCAACAGGCUAAAUUGAGUGAAGCUGGUCAAUACAUGAUGGUCGCUGGAAACGUACGAAAACAAGUAACAGUAAAUGUUAUAGCAAUGUUUACAUCGCAAUUCAACCCCAUAAAAUGUAUCGAAGGUGAAAUGUUCCAAUUGAAAUGCUCAGUGUAUUCAGAAGAUAUAAAUGUUGAAUGGUCUAAAGAUGAUGCAAAGAUCAAACAGAAAGAGAAUAUAUCAAUUGAAAACGACGGAAUGCACCACUGUAUGACAGUUCAACAAGCUAAAUUGAGUGAUGCUGGUCAAUACCUUGUAGUCGCUGGGAACGUACGAAAACAAGUGACAGUAAAUGUUCAAGCAAUGUUUACAUCGCAAUUCAACCCCAUAAAAUGUAUCGAAGGUGAAAUGUUCCAAUUGAAAUGCUCAGUGUAUUCAGAAGAUAUAAAUGUUGAAUGGUCUAAAGAUGAUGCAAAGAUCAAACAGAAAGAGAAUAUAUCAAUUGAAAACGACGGAAUGCACCACUGUAUGACAGUUCAACAAGCUAAAUUGAGUGAUGCUGGUCAAUACCUUGUAGUCGCUGGGAACGUACGAAAACAAGUGACAGUAAAUGUUCAAGCAAUGUUUACAUCGCAAUUCAACCCCAUAAAAUGUAUCGAAGGUGAAAUGUUCCAAUUGAAAUGCUCAGUGUAUUCAGAAGAUAUAAAUGUUGAAUGGUCUAAAGAUGAUGCAAAGAUCAAACAGAAAGAGAAUAUAUCAAUUGAAAACGACGGAAUGCACCACUGUAUGACAGUUCAACAAGCUAAAUUGAGUGAUGCUGGUCAAUACCUUGUAGUCGCUGGGAACGUACGAAAACAAGUGACAGUAAAUGUUCAAGGUCAUCAACAUGAAGAUACAAUGUCAUACAAAGACUUGAAGAGUUCUGAAGAAAUAUGUUUGCCUGCGAUGAAGAAUGCAGAUGAGGAUGUGUUUGAAGGUAAGGUUGGUGGAACAGUUGAUAGUCAUACAAAUACUGUAAUUGAAACUUGGAAUGAAAAAAUUGCGUGUCAGAAUAAUCAUGAAAAGAUCGAUAAACUAUUAUUGGACAACAAGGCAGACAAUAAUCCGUGCAGAGAUAAUGAAGUAUCUCCUUUGAAUGUUGCUUGUUUCUUGAAUCGUAUAGAGAUAGUAAAGACGUUAUUGGACACCAAGGUAGACAUCAAUAAGUGUGAUGUUAACGGGGGAUCUCCUUUAUAUUUUGCUUGUCAGAAUAAUCAUAAAGAGGUAGUCAAACUAUUACUAGAUAACAAGGCAGACAUCAAUAAAUGUGCAACUAAUGGAGCAUCACCUUUGAAUGUUGCUUGUUUUUAUAAUCAUAUAGAGACAAUAAAGAUAUUACUUGACAACAAGGCAGACAUUAAUAAGUUUGAUGAUAAUGGAGCAACUGCUUUGAAUAUUGCAUGUCAGAACAAUCAUAAAGAGUUAGUCAAACUAUUACUCGACAACAAGGCAGACAUUAAUGCAAAUAAUGAUGACGGGGGUCCUUUGUAUAUUGCUUGUCAGAACAAUCAUAUAAAGUUAGUUAAGUUGUUACUGGACAACAAGGCAGACAUCAAUAAGUGUAGAGCUAAUGGAGCAUCUCCUUUGAAUGUUGCUUGUCAGAAUAAUCAUAUAGAGACAGUAAAGAUAUUACUGGACAACAAGGCAGACAUUAAUAUGAUUGAUGGUAAUGGAGCAACUGCUUUGUAUAUGGCAUGUCAGAAUAAUCACAAAGAGGUAGUCAAACUAUUACUCGACAACAAAGCAGACAUUAAUAUUUGUGGUGGAAACGGAGGUCCUUUGUAUAUUGCUUGUCAGAACAAUCAUAUAGAGUUAGUUAAGGUUUUACUGGACAAAAAGGCAGACAUCAAUAAAUGUAGAGCUAAUGGGGCAUCUCCUUUGCAUAUUGCUUGUCAGAAUAAUCAUAUAGAGACAGUAAAGAUAUUACUGAAGAACAAGGCAGACAUUAAUAUGAUUGAGGGUAAUGGAGCAACUGCUUUGUAUAUGGCAUGUCAGAAUAAUCACAAAGAGGUAGUCAAACUAUUACUCGACAACAAGGUAGACAUUAAUAAGUGUGUUGAUAGCUGGGGAUCUCUUCUAUAUUUUGCUUGUCAAUAUAAUCACAAAGAGGUAGUCAAACUAUUACUGGAUAACAAGGCAGACAUCAAUAAAUGUGCAACUAAUGGAGCAUCUCCUUUGAAUGUUGCUUGUUUUUGUAAUCAUAUAGAGACAGUAAAGAUAUUACUGGACAACAAGGCAGACAUUAAUAUGAUUGAUGGUAAUGGAGCAACUGCUUUGUAUAUGGCAUGUCAAAAUAAUCACAAAGAGGUAGUCAAACUAUUACUCGACAACAAAGCAGACAUUAAUAUUUGUGGUGGAAACGGAGGUCCUUUGUAUAUUGCUUGUCAGAACAAUCAUUUAGAGGUAGUUAAGGUUUUACUGGACAAUAAUGCAGACAUCAAUAAAUGUAGAGCUAAUGGGACAUCUCCUCUGCAUAUUGCUUGUCAGAAUAAUCAUAAAGAGACAGUAAAGAUAUUACUUGACAACAAGGCAGACAUUAAUAAGUUUGAUGAUAAUGGAGCAACUGCUUUGUAUAUGGCAUGUCAGAAUAAUCAUGAAGAGGUAGUCAAACUAUUACUCGACAACAAGGCAGACAUAAAUGGGUGUGAAGAUGACGGGGAUCCUUUGUAUAUUGCUUGUCAGAACAAUCAUAUAGAAUAA